GCCAGCCAAUCGCAGGGCACGUAGAGACAAACAGCCGCACUCCCAAUCACACCUAGGGGCAAUUUAGAGUGUCCAGUUAAUGUUGCAUGUUUUUGGGAUGUGGGAGGAUACCGGAGUGCCCGGAGAAAACUCACGCAGGCAUGGGAAGAACAUGCAAACUCCACACAGGGUGGGCUGCAAUUGAACCCGGAUCCUCAGAACUGUGAGGCCAACGCUUUCCAGCUGUGCCACCGUACCGCCAGGAAAGAAAAUGUAAAAGCUAAAACCAGCCAAGAGCGUGUCGGCACAAAAAGUCAAACAUACGUUGCCGCCUUUCAGGAACAAGUGCCCCGGCUUUUGGGUGUUUCGAGAUACCAGCUGUCAAGUGUUUUUUUUUUUUUUUUUUGCUUUGACUUACAAGCAAAAGCCUCAGAUACGAGUGCUCUGUGGUGGCAGCAAACUCAAGUCACCUGGUGACAAGCCACUUCUCGUGGAUGUUCACUGUCAAGCUAAGCAUUUAACAAAGAGAUCAACACAUUUAUUUAAAAUAACGACGUAGUUUUCGUGUAUUUUGCUGGUCAAGGCCCACACAGCAGAAGUAGCACAAUAUCUAUUUCAUUGAAGGAAAAAAGUGUAGAAUUCUUUAGAUCCUAGCAAUUUGACAUUGCUGUAUGUUUUUACAAAGUGCAAUAUUGUAGAGGACAUACAUACUCAUUAAAUAGGAAUUUUUUUUAGCAAAAUAAUGGCAUUUCCACCUCUUUUAAUGGGAAAGAUGAUUUAGUCAUAGUAGACUGAAGAACCCUCAUUGACUGAUUUUAAUCUGAAAAAUCAUUCUAUUGCACCAGAUAAUUUCCACUUCAUUUUUGUUCAUUACUUUUUGUCACUUUCUAUUCAUCACGUUUUCCAAGCCGCUUAUCCACGCAAGGUUCGCAGCCCAUCCCGGCUAACUUCGGGUGAAAGGCAGACUGUCAAUUUCAGGUUGGUUACUGUACCACUUUUUUUUUUUCUGUAACGAAAGGCUACCAGCAAUUUAGACUACGCUUUAAAGCCAUCUGUUUCAUAUUAAACAUAAUCCGUGGAAUUAUUAUUGUUGCUGGAGCAUAAGGGAACAUGAUAAAAAGUAAGAUCCUUUCAAAUCCUUGGUAUUUUGAUUUGAUGCUGACUGAUAAAUCCAUGGAUUUUAUGAUUAUUGGCGAAUGCAAGUUGCAAAGGGAGAUGAAAUUGAAUAUACAGUAUAGAUAUUUGACCUCAAUACAGUACAUCCUAUACUUGCACUUUCUGAAGCUCAACAACUAAUGAAAACAAAAAAGAAUUCAGUAUAGUCAAAUGUUCAUGAGUGGGGAAGGGUCUUCAGCCCGUCUCGCCACGAAGUUGGACACAGCGGAACCCCAAACCGCAAAAAGCCCACUCCAAUGGGAUCGGGUGGAUAGGUGUCAAAACUAACCCACUUCGACGACCGCAUCCCGCCUUCGCUAGGCCACCGCCCGUCCCAAACAUCCGCGUUGAGCCAAGUCGUGCUUGCCAGCCCAGAAGGUCCAAGACCUGACGAGGAGCCAGCGGGGCAGCCAUCAAUAAGGCCCCCAAUGGUCCCACAGGAGCAUGGGACUGUUGGCAAGAUCACCAAAGACCCAAAAGCGUGCAGCUAGCCCAUGGACAGCAAGUGACAGAUGCUUACUGCACCGAGCAGCUGCGCUUCCCAAAUGGCACACCCAAGGCCAACCUGCAGGCCAGGUCCAGUCCACCUUCAGAUUCAGCCAGGCUGCGGGACUGACCCAAGAGCGGAAAGUGGUGUGGGCGCAAAGGACAAAGGGUGGAAGCAGGGACCACCAAGACUUUGGGCACCCCUCCAAACCCCCACGCGGAAACCGGACCACUCCGGCCGGCCGAAAUCUUCCAGUUGACGGCAAACGCUAAACACCACGCCGACGCGUCGCUGUGAUGACUGCGACGAUUCUACCCGAACCAGGACCGCUCCGAGCAAGAAAGAUUACCAAACAGCCACAAAAGAAUCUGAUCCAUCGUGGCCAUGGCAACAGCAGACACUAUUUUCCUUGAUUGUACGAGUCAUUACAGCAUUCCAAUGCGAUGUUCUGUUUCUUGCAGUGCCCAGUUGGAGGUAACUUGGGGUCGCAAACGCAGCAGUAUUCAAACCGGCAACCCUUCGGAUACCCACAGGCGGCAAUGCAAGUUUACUCGCUCCUCGUGGUUGCGUGCGCCGCGUUUGCUGUCAACAUGACUGAAGAAGCGUCAACCUCGUGCCCUCUUGGCUUCUUUCCGUGCGGCAACCUGAGCACGUGCCUGCCCCAAGUGCUGCACUGCAACGGUGCCGACGACUGCGGGAACCAAGCUGAUGAGGAGAACUGCGGCGAUAACAACGGAUGGCCUCACCUCUUUGAUAAAUACUUUGGAAUGCCGAGCCACAGCGCUGGGACAAAGUCCAUCAUGUGUUUGCUGGGCCUCAUUCCCGAGCGGUGCCAGUGCCGGGACCUGGAGCUGGACUGCGACGGAGCGCGACUCGGCGACGUGCCGGCGGUGGCUCUGAACGUCACCAUGAUGUCCUUGCAGAGGAACCAUCUGCAGAAGCUGAAGGCAAACAGCUUCUUCAUGUACCAGAGCCUGCAGAAACUGUACCUGCAGCACAACGAGAUCGCAGAAGUGAAUCCGGCUGCUUUCAGAGGACUGUACAAUCUCACCAGGCUAUACCUGAACUACAACAGGAUUUCUGUGCUGAUGCCUGGUGUGUUCAGGGACCUUCACAAGCUGGAGUGGCUGAUCUUGGAGAAUAAUAACAUCCAUCAAAUCUCCCCUAAAGCCUUCUCGGGGCUGAACUCGCUGGUCCUGCUGGCUUUGUUGAACAACACUCUGACAAAGCUGGAUGACAUCUGUCGCGAGAUGGGCAGACUCAACUGGCUGGAUUUGGAGGGGAAUCUGAUCGAGACCUUGGAGAACCUGUCAUUCAACUCGUGCAGUAUGCUGACAGUUUUGGUUCUGCAGCGCAACAGGAUCGGCCGCAUACACGAGCAAGCUUUCUCAGUCCUCCAAAAGCUCGGAGAGUUGGAUCUCUCCAGCAACAGGUUGAUGAAAAUCCCGCCUAAUCUCUUUGCACAUCUAGGCGAUUUACUUCAACUAAACAUUUCAUAUAAUCCCAUCAAAGAGUUGCAGGUGGAUCACUUUGACAAGCUGCAUAAACUGAAGUCAUUGAGCAUCGAGGGCAUCGAAAUUGCCAACAUCCAACGCCGGAUGUUCGAGCCUCUUAAACACCUGACCCACAUCUACUUCAAAAAGUUCCAGUACUGCGGCUACGCGCCCCACGUGCGCAGCUGCAAGCCCAACACGGACGGCAUCUCGUCCUUCGAGGACCUGCUGGCCAACAUCGUGCUGAGGGUCUUCGUCUGGGUGGUCUCGGCCACCACCUGCUUCGGCAACAUCUUCGUCAUCUGCAUGCGCUCGUACAUCCGCUCGGAGAACAAGCUGCACGCCAUGUGCAUCAUCUCCCUCUGCUGCGCGGAUGGGUUGAUGGGCAUCUACCUGUUCAUGAUUGGCGCGUACGACCUGAAGUUCCGCGGCGAGUACAACCGCCACGCCCAAGCCUGGAUGGACAGCGGCCAGUGCCAGGUGGUGGGCUCCCUGGCCAUGCUGUCCACCGAGGUGUCGGUCUUGCUCCUCACCUAUCUGACUCUGGAAAAGUACAUCUGCAUCGUGUACCCCUUCCGCUACCUGACGCCGGGCUGGCGCCGUACCGUGACGAUGCUCCUGGGCAUCUGGGUCUUCGGGUUCAUGGUGGCUUUCCUGCCCCUGGCCUGCAAGGGACUGUUCCGGAACUUCUACGGUACCAACGGCGUGUGCUUCCCGCUGCACUCGGAGCAGCCCGAGACGCUCUGGACGCACAUAUACUCCAUCGUCAUCUUCCUGGGUCUUAACCUAGUGGCAUUCCUGAUCAUCGUACUGUCGUACGCCAGCAUGUUCUACAACAUCCAGCGCACGGGAACGCAGACCACCAAGUACAGCAACCACAUCAAGAAUGAGGUGACCAUCGCCAAACGCUUCUUCUCCAUUGUCAUCACAGACUCACUCUGCUGGAUCCCCAUUUUCGUCCUCAAGAUCCUGUCCUUGCUGCAGGUGGAGAUUCCCGGCACAAUUACCUCGUGGGUGGUGAUCUUCAUCCUCCCCAUCAACAGCGCCCUCAACCCCAUCCUUUACACGCUGACCACCCGUCCCUUCAGGGAGACCCUGAUGCAGGUGUGGGCCAACUACAGGCAGCGCAGGCCGGCGGUGGCCAGCCACCCCAUCCAUCAGCCCUCGCUCACCUGGCAGGAAAUGUGGCCCCUGCAGGACUCCAGCCCGGCGGCGGGGGGGCGUCGGGACACGGCCGACGCGCCCCCCGCCAAGCUCGUCAGCCUGGCGGAAAAUAACACCAGCGUCCCCGUGUGAACCUGCGUUGGUGUGACUCAUCUGUGCUAAACUGGAAAGUCGGUGGCGUGCAGACCUCUCCUGUGGUUGAACAGUCCUGAAUAAGUGUGGUGGAGGGUGAUAUCGUUCCGCUCCAGUCCUGUAGGUGGCGACCUCACAGAGUGGAUACCUGAUGCCUGCUGGUUUUCUUGGCCCAGAUGUAAGCAGACCGUAACCACUGAUUUGUAAAAAAAAAAAAAAAAAAAGACUGGAUAGCACAUAGACAUAGAGCGGGUAUGUCAAUUGGUCGAACCCAGUUGGCCACCAUCUUGGUACUCCCAAAACAUGUGGCGGACACGGUUUACAGGUUGGAUUAUGGCGGGGUUUUUCUACAAAGUUUGGCACAUAGAAUUAAAACUGCUCGCGUGAGCUUGACAUUUAUUCAGUUCUGGUAACAUGAAGGAUUUUUUAAUUCGACUUGAUAAGCCAAAAAAGGCGAAGUGCAAAGGAAAAACAUAGGACACUGUGACUAGCAAGAAAACUUGUGUAUUACCUCGGGCCCGAUUUCCGUGACAUGUUAACUUUUCCCAAAAUACGCUGUGAAGCACAAUCAUCGUAACGUAGCAAAAAACUAAAAAAAAAAACAUUACAUUUUAAGUCAAUCAGUUAAUCAAAUACAUGCCAAACGCAUUAUUCAUUUGUUGUCUCUGCGACGUCCUAUUUCAGACAGAAAAUUUAAUAUCGUUUCCUCGCAUUUGAAAAUCUAAUUCAAUUUGUUCUGUAUUAUGAAAUUCAUUACAAAUUUCACAGAAAAUGUGUUUUCUUGCUUAUCCCAAGAUGAAGUUUUGGAAAAUAUUUGCAUCGGUUUUUCGCGAAAAAAAAAGUCGGCCUAUGAAGGCGAAGCAGAGAGUGAACAGCGAACAACAACUGUCAAUAAAACUUUGUUCAAGUGAAUUAAGCGCAUCCGAAAAUUUUAAAAACAACCUUUACAAACAAACUUUAACAGUGUCAAAGUAAAUCUUUCUAACUUACCUGUGGAAUGUUUUCUCACAGCCACGAAACUGGCGAUUAACUCAGUUAAUGCCUGUCGCUGCACAGGUUGGCACGAUUGUUUUGGGAGUAUCAAGAUGGCGGAUGGCGACUUCAGUUUUGGUGGCCAAUGAGCCAUCCAGUCUUUCUUUUUUUUAAAAUUCUUUUUUUAGAUCAGCGACCGUAACAGUGACAAACGAUCUACAACUCAAAUUCUACACUGCGUUGCUCCAACUCUGCUGAUUUUGUCUUUUUUCCUGUUGGAUUAAAAAAAAAAAAAAAAUCAUAUUAGCUGGCCAGUAUGAAAGGGGCUCAUGUGAGAAGCUAUGAAUAAGCAUUCAAAAGUUAGAAUGUUGGAGAACAGAUGUGGAAAAAAAUCCUAAAAUUACAACAACAAAAAAAUGGGCAUAGCAUUAGCUCAAAAAAAAAAGUCUGAAUGUUUGAUUACUGACAUCUGCACAUGAGCAGAGAAGGAAUCUUUACAAUGUGACAUUGCAGUGCUUAGUUUUGGCUUAUCUUGUUGGAAAAAAACGUUGGAUGCCAGAAAAGUAUAAGUUGACUUCGUUCUAGGGUUGGAAACAAUGGAUAACGCGAGCGCUUACAAACAAAUCUCACGGGUGCUCCAUAACCGGCCCGACGUUGCCGACCGAUGCAGCAGUCGGUCGGCUUGGCGUCUCGCGCCUUAACAAGGACGACGAAAAACAAUCAAAGAUGUAAACAGGGCAGAAGUUCCGAGCUGGUGAUUUGCACAGAACGAUUUUCAACGCACCACGGAAACAAAAUAAUAGAAUAAAGUAAUGUACAAGUGAGCAGCUUUGGAAUGCCGUAGACCGGUUCAGCAACAGAUGUUGACUUUCAUGCCACAAGGCAACAGGCGCGAGCAUGCUAACAGGAUUAGCACACAAUCCAACAACAACGCUACUAUUUCUACCUCUGGAAUCCAAAAACUGCGUUCACACUGCUGCGGAUCGAUACCAAUUUUUUUAACCGUGAUUUUUUUUCAGUUCACAGUGUACGGUACAAAAAAAAAAAAAAAUUAUAAUCCAGACAUCUUUCAUAUGCGGUUAUAAUUUGGAUAUGUAACUGAUGCGAGUGAUUACACUCAUCCAUCUACAUUAUAAAUUGCAUUUUAAAAAAAAUGUGUAAUGUCGUCGACAUAAAGAGAUCGCAUUUCACACACAAAAAAAGUAAUUUAUUAUUAUUUGAAAAAAACAUUGGGAAUCGUGCCCUGCAGUGUGAACGUAGCCUAAGCUAGUUAGGAUAUUUUGAGUACAAUUACAUCCAGGUACAGUAUACAUACUCACAAUGGACACUUUAGAUAUAUUUAUGUAUUUAUUUAUGUAUUUAUUCAUCUUUACCCAUGGACACUUUUGGUGUAUGAAAGACAGGAUUGUUAUGAUCAUUAAAAUGAAAGUGUUUCAACAUUCCCAAGCGUCAUCCAAACGGAGACGUUAAAGACUGUCAAAUACAACUAAAAUAAAGUAAGACUACUCACGCAAACAUUGGAUUUCCAGGUAAAACAAUUUGUUUGCUCGACAACGUGACGAGCAAUCACGGUCGAAUGAAAUUACUUCUUCCGGGGUUCACGUACACGACGGCGUAUUAAAGCCGCCAGCAAAUUGCAUUUAAACGGACUGACUUUUACAUUCGCUGUUAAUUUGUCGCAUCGUUUUGCUCCUUUUUUCAAAUUUAAGCGGCGGCUACCUCAACUCGUGUAUAAGUGCUUCACCGGCAGCUCAAAAGUGAUAAGCAUAGCAUCGUAAAAUGAAAGUUAAAUGAGAAAUAUUUCGGUGACUCACAGUGUUGGUGUUGUUAGAUUGUCCUCAAACGUUCAGGGAUUAAUUAUGUCAUAACGCAAGAGAAAAACAUCCUCUAAUUUAAUUUGAUUUCAUUAAAUAUCCAAAUCAAAUAAUAAUGCAAUUUUUUUUGAGUGACCACCCUAAAAUGGUUAAUUUCUUUUACUAAUAAGUGCUGCUGUUUUACAUUUUCUAUUAAUAUUUUUAAAAAAUUUGACUUUUAUUUUAUUACAGAGUACUCCUGCUAUACCGUGGUUCACGCUUCGCAGUCCCGUCACAGUUUUUAUUUUAUUUUUCUACACUGUGCAAUAUUUUUAUCAGUUGAUACAUUUGUGUGUUUGUAUCAUUUUCAAAAUGUGUUUAAAGACCUUCAAAAAAAUAAUUUAAGUGCCGUAAAUGCUUUCAAAAUAUGUCUAGGGUGUAUUAAAAGAAAAAAAAUAACAGGGUAUUUUUGUAUUAUGGAUUUCAUGUAUUGCUGGGACAGCCGGGAACGUACAGUAACCCCAGUGAUGGAGGGCAGGGUUAGUACCAUUUUUCCGUCCCGGAUGAAAAUGUAUUUCAAUAACAUUUUGAAAAAAUGAAAUCAUACUUGUAACAUUUUUUUUGAAAGGGGAAAUCCAGUGCUUUGCAUGAACAGUGUAUCCAAUAGCUCAUGGAAUAUGCACCCUAUUUU